AUGCGCCAGCACUCGCUAUCGAGUGUGCGCAAAUUGAACGAGCUGGUUCACGAGUGCAACGUGCAGUUGGCCGCCUUCCGGCACGCCGUCCAGGGUAUCGGCACGGCACAGGAUGGGGCCAGCUUGAGGCGAGAGGUGGAAACCGCUGGCCGGGCUUGCUAUCGAGCUUGCGAAGCCGCGAAAAACUGCGUCCUCCCGCAGCUGAGACAUGAAGGCGUCGAAUUCACCCGACAUGCCUCGCAAUUCAUCGGCUGCGUCGCGGCGUUUGUCGUCGAGAUGAAGCGGUGCAUGGCGCUGGAAACGACCUUUUCCGCGCCGAUCGAGCCGUGCGUGACGAAGACGCAGGUGGAGGCGAUGGAGAGCAUGUUGGAGACGUUGGAAAACCUCAUCACCGUUCACUUUUCGACUAGCGAAAGCUCGCCGACCGAUAAGAUCAAGGUAACCCCUCGCCGACGUCGCGCCACCUCCUGCCGGCCAACAUGCGUGUGCUCAAAGCUCAAAACCAGCUACGCA